GUAAAGGUUGUCGCUCCAGAGCCAGUGAAGAAACCCAUCAAAGCAAAAAAUGUCAUCAAGGAGAUAGAGCUGAUCACCGUGCAGGAGUUCGAAAAGGUCCCUGCAUAUAUGAAGAACCGUCUGACAUACGAACAGAUUAACAGCCUUAUUGAGGAAAUCAACAAGGCUGUUGUGGGAAAAUACAAGAUCAUGCAUCAGCCGCUGAAGAGUCUGAACAAUUUUGCCAAGAAACAGCUUGGACGAUUUAAAGAUGAAGAAUUAAAAGAUACAAAAGAUCAGUUUUUUAUUGUGGAGCAAGAUAUCAAAGAAUUCACUCAGCAGAAGGUGGAUAAAAGAUUCCAUGGAAUGCUGAACAUCCUGCGACAUUGCCAUAGAAUGCGGGAGCUGCGUGGUAAAGGAAUCGUGCGCUAUGUUGUUUGUUAA